UGUAUACAUAUGAUAAAUUGUGUAAAUGCCAGAUAAGGAUUAAAGUUUGACCUAAUGACUUUUUGUGCUUAACUUAAAAGUUCUACACAGUGUUGUGCAUGUAAUAUACUAUAUAGAGGAAAUACUUCUCAUUUAGCAGUGGAAUUUAUUAUCUACAUUGGCUAAGCACUCUAGAGUGUCUGUAGCUGAGUCCUACGACACCCUGAUAAAGAAGGCCAAAAUGUCAUCAGAAAGACCACACCCUGUCCAGGAGUUACAAGCUAUAUCUCAACAGAUAGGUCAUGACCUUGACACAGUUGAGUUUGCUCGACACAUGGACUCAGUAGAUCCAUUGAGACAGCUUAGGCAAGAGUUUUGUUAUCCCAAAAUGAAGACUCUUGGAUCAGUUGACCAAAGCUUGGUGGACCCAGAAGAGGACUGUGUGUAUUUCUGUGGAAACUCAUUAGGUAUAUGCCCAAAGAAGACAAGAGAAUAUGUGACAGUUGAAGUUGAUAAAUGGGAGAAAACGGCUUUAGAAGGGCAUACAAAUGGAGAUUUACCAUGGGCGUGGUGUGAUGAAGGGCUGGAUGACCAGAUGGCAACUAUUGUUGGUGCCAAGCCAGGGGAAGUGAGCAUAAUGAAUGGAUUGACUGUCAAUUUGCAUUUACUACUGGUGUCAUUUUACAGACCAACCCAAACACGUUAUAAGGUGUUAAUGGAAGGCCAUGCUUUCCCUUCAGAUCAUUAUGCUGUAGAAAGUCAAAUAAAGUUAAAGGGCUAUAACCCAGAAACUGCCAUGAUUUUAAUGGAACCAAGGGAGGGAGAACACACCCUAAGAAAGGAGGAUAUUUUACAGACAAUAGAAGAUCAAGGAGAUUCUAUAGCUCUUGUAUGUUUCAGCGGGGUACAGUAUUAUACUGGACAAAAAUUUGAUAUGGAAGCUAUAACACUGGCUGGUCAGAAAAAGGGAUGUGUUGUAGGCUGGGAUCUGGCACAUGCUGCAGGCAAUGUAGAAGUAAAGCUUCAUGAUUGGGGAGUAGAUUUUGCAUGCUGGUGUACUUAUAAGUAUAUGAACUGUGGUGCAGGAUGUCUGUCAGGACUGUUUAUACAUGAAAAACAUUACAACAAUGACUACCCUCGUCUCACUGGUUGGUGGGGACAUCAACUCUCCACAAGAUUUGAGAUGGACAACAAAUUCCAUCCUUAUCCUGGGGCUAGGGGUUAUAGGUUGAGUAAUACGCCUGGUUUUCUCUGUCCACCUAUCAAAGCCAGCUUGGAGAUAUUCCAGAAAACCUCCAUGUCGGAAUUAACAGAGAAAUGCCGUCUGCUGACAGGGUAUUUAGAAGCUAGAAUUAUUCGCCAAUAUGGCUACCCUGAUAAAAACAUUCAGAAUGGAAACAUUGAAAAUGGAACAGAAAGUAUAAAUGGCGAUAGUAGUCAAGGACCAGCUAAGCAUGUUUAUGUAGAAAUUCUCACGCCAUCUGAUCUGUCUCAGCGAGGAGCUCAACUCUCCUUGUCCUUCUCAGUCAACAUUACGCAGGUGUUUAAAGAACUCAUGAAACGUGGAGUAGUGUGUGACGAGAGGAAACCGAAAGUGAUUCGUAUAGCUCCAGCACCAUUGUACUGUUCGUUUGAGGAUGUUCACAGGUUUAUGAAGUAUCUAGACGAGGCCCUUCAUGCAGCGCAUGCUCUGGAAUAAUGCAGACUUUAUAUGUUACAAUUUACACAGAUUUUACAUUACACAGUUUAUACAGACUUUACAUUACACAGUUACACAGACUUCACACAAUUAUACAGACUACAUUACACCAUGAUGCAGAUGUUACAUUACACAAUAACACAGACUUUACAUUACACAGUUUAUGCAAUUUUUACAUUACACAAUUAUACAGACUUUACAUUACACCAUGAUGCAGACAUUACAUUACACACUGAUACAGACUGUACAUUACAUUACACUAUGAUACAGACUUUAUAUUACACAGUGAUACAAACUUUACAUUACACACUGAUACAGACUGUACAAUGUACAUUACACUAUGAUACAGACUUUACAUUACACACUGUUCAUUACACAUUGAUACAGACUGUACAAUGUACAUUACACCAUGAUAAAGACUACAUUACAAAGUGAUGAAGACUGUACAUUACACCGUGAUACAGACUGUACAUUACACCAUGAUACAGACUUUACGUUACACAGUGAUACAGACUUACAUUACACAAUGAUACAGACCUACAUUACACUAUGAUACAGACAACAUACAUGUGCUAGUUACUGAAUGUCUUUCAUAAAAAUCUGUGAUAAAAAAUCACAGUAAUGUAUAGUUUUAAGUUUAAUUAACUCUUGGUAUAUGUAGUGACUUCUGCUGUAGAAAGCUAAGCUUUAAACUUGCUUCCAAAUCUUUUUAUGUUUGUUGGUGGAACACAAGACUUCCUACAAGGAGGCUGUAGAUAUGAAUCUCUGGUAAAAUGUAGUAUUUCUAUGAUGAUAACUUGAAGACAUCUUUGAUCUCACAUUUAUGGGAAGAACAACUUAUAUACUGGUAAGAAAUCCUGAAAUUGCAGUGAAAUGUUUUCUUUUGUAGAUGCUCACUGCUUAGGUUUGACUAUGGAAGAAUUCUUUUUAAAUGAAAUGUGAUAGCACAUUAUGCAUUAAGUGAAUUUUUUAUAUAUAUUUAUUUACAAACACUUGAAUAGUGUAUGGGCAAUGGUUAAAUAUUGUUUGUGCUUGUAUUUUUGAUUUUUUCUACCAGUGCAUUUAUGCUCUAGUUAAAGUGUUUUUUGUUUUCUGCUAGAUACUAAUGCUUAAUUUAAUGUACGUACAGUUAUUAAGUAAGAAAUGUUAUUGAUAUCAAUUUGACAAUAAAGGAAUGGUCAAAGAUGA